GUGUGGGUGAGGACCGAAGCCUUAUCAGCUCCUGCCCUUGAAAAAGACGUCUAUUCUUCCACGAGAGCAAAGAGCACUUGAGCACAUUUUGGAUUUUGGGAUUCUACAGAAACAAGACCCCCAACAGACUGUAAGGAUGAACGAAGUAUAUCUAAUCAUGGCACCAAUAUUACAGAGUGAAUAUAUAGAACCUGAGCAGUAUGUUAAAAAUCCUCACCUGGACACCAUGGAGGAGGACAUCCUCUACCACUUCAACCUGAGCACCAAGAACCACAACCUGCCUGCCAUGUUUGGAGACAUCAAGUUUGUGUGUGUGGGCGGCAGCGCUAACAGGAUGAGAGCUUUCGCUCAGUUUAUCCAUCAGGAGCUGGAGCUUCCGGGGAACGUUGAGGACAUCAGAGAUAUUUGUGAGGGGACCGAUCGUUACUCCAUGUAUAAAGUGGGACCUGUUCUCUCCAUCAGCCACGGCAUGGGUGUGCCAUCCAUCUCUAUCAUGCUCCAUGAACUCAUCAAGCUCCUGUACCACGCCCACUGCCGUGAUGUCAUGCUGUUUCGUAUCGGGACCUCCGGUGGCAUCGGUCUCGCCCCGGGUACGGUGGUCAUCACUGAUAAAGCCGUGGAUUCCUUCUUCCGGCCCCAGUUUGAGCAGGUGGUUCUGGGUAAGGUGAUCAUCCGGAGCACUGAGUUGGACGCAGGCAUGGCGCAGGAGCUCCUGCAGUGUUCUGCUGAGUUACCCCACUUCCCCACCAUCGUUGGAAAGACCAUGUGCACCCAUGACUUCUAUGAAGGUCAGGGUCGACUAGAUGGAGCUCUGUGCUCGUUCUCCACCGAGGAAAAGUUGGAGUACCUGAGGAAGGCCUAUGAGACCGGUAUCAGGAACAUCGAAAUGGAAUCCACCGUCUUCGCUGCCAUGUGUCGUGUCUGCAACCUGAAAGCCGCCGUGAUCUGUGUGACUCUGCUGAACCGACUGGAGGGGGAUCAGAUCUCAACACCUCACGAUGUUCUGCUGGAAUACCAACAGAGACCUCAACAUCUGGUGGCCCAUUUCAUCAAGAAGCGUCUAGGACUGAUCCAUGAAGACGUUCAUCAGGACUGAACCCCGAUUCAUCCUAAAAUACCACACGGCUGUAUUAUGUCCUGUUUGAGGAUUUUUUGUCCUUCUAUGUACCGGAUGUUUUACUGUGACCAUGUUAAGCACUUAACCUCUUUUAUUCAGAAAAAAACAGUCUAACACUUUAGAUAAGGGUACUAGGAGGUAAACUGGAGUACUGGGAGUUGCUAGACUGAAAAAUGCCUUAACGCUUGUGAUGGGGUUCUGUUUUAGCUUCUGUAUAUUAUUGUAGGUAAGCUGUAAUGUAUACUACUGUAAUAUGUAAUCUGUGUUGUAUAUAAGAAGUGGUUUCUUUCUGUUUUUAAUACUGUUUGGCUUUUGAAUGAUAAACAAUUAUUUUAUAAAUGUAUGUAUUUGUAAAUGUACAAAUCAGCUGUAAAUUCUGAAUCAUUGGUGUUGUCUGUGUUGUCCUAAAAAGCUGAGAGAACCGAAGUCUCUAAAUAAAUAUUUUAAAGACUGGAA